CCAGGAGUGACUCUUUGAUCCAACUACCCUGCUUGUAUAUAUACCAUUCUGCUCAUCUGCAGAUCACCCACACACCAACCAUUCAGAACGCUUGACCCGCAUCCCUUACAUCUGAGCCCCCAACUGCUUGCAUUACUCCCGGGUAUACCGGACUAAAUCAUAGACAGAAUGGCCGACGACGAGGGCGCAUCCCCCCGCGAGCUGGUCGUGGAGGCCUGCCGCCGUGACCAAUUCCACCUGAUUGAGCAAGUCCUGGGUGGCAUGGAAGACAAGACAAACGAGCAAGUGGCAGAAUUCUUCAACGGGGUCACAGACUCGAUGGGCAACUACGCAUUGCACAUCUGUGCCCAGUACGGCAGCUGGGAGACAAUGGACCACCUGUUCGACAUCCAAUACUUUGAAUGCGACCCCAAAACCCGCCUGGACGAAGACACACCACUGCACAUCGCAGUACGCUACGCCAUCGAAAAAGACCCCGAGGUAGGCGCUCACAUGGUCACAAUGAUGUGUGACGCUGGCUGUGAUCCCCGCGUGCCCAAUAAGCAUGGCCAGAAGCCUGUUGAUCUGGCCUUUAACAACAAUGAGAUUAAGGCGACUCUGCAGCAGGCUGCGUAUAUCAUGGCCGAGGAUCUGCACAAUACCGAUGGGGCUGGGUCAGAUGGUGGGGAGCCCAGUGAUAGUGAUUAAGAGGCAUAUGGGGGCUGAUGUCCUCUUAAUGUGAGCAUUUUCUCUCUUCUCCUGGUAGAUGGUGUCUUGAGCUUUAGAGUUAGCCAUAUUCAGUUCUAUGUUACGAUUAUCAC